UUCAUUAGAUAGAUCAUUUAGUGUUAAAUGUUAGUUAACACUACUAUCUUAGGCAUGAGGCUAGUUUUAAUGCUAGCUAACAUAAUUAAAAUAACAAAUAAUAGUUAAUAUAUGACCAUUUUCAGACAUUUUUAAAAAAUGUGAGCUAGCACUACUAGCGUAGGCGUCAGAUUACUUGUAAUGGCAGCUUACUAACUAAAUUUCAAACUUUGUCAAAUGUUCGUAAGUCGCUGGUCUCGGAUCUGCACUUUGUGUAGCCGCGUAGCUUUUUGCAGCAGAGGAGGAGGAAGAUGGAGGACACUGACAGGACACAGACAUGCUAGCCUGACAGAGGAGCCACACUGGGUUACACCAGCACCGACACGCUUCUAUCACAGUCAGUUUGGGGAUUUAUACAAGAACGAGUCUGUUCAGAGGUAUCUGCAGCAGCUCAUGGAUGAAUAUAAGGAGCUAAGUGAGAGGCUACAACAAGCUCACCUCAACGAGACGGACAGAAAGGUGCUCAUGAAGAGACACACAGAGCUGCUGCCUGUGGCUAAUGUGUUUGAGAGGAUCGAACAAGCCCUGGGAGACCUGGAGGAAGUCCUGUCACUGCUGCACAGUUCUGCUGGUGCUAAAGAUGAAGAUGAACAGUUAACCCAGCUGCUGAAAGAGGAGGAGGCACAGAUGUCCCGCAGGAUUGUGACCCUGAGAGAAGAUCUGAUCAAAGCUCUGGUGCCCUCCGACCCUCUGGACUCCAGUAAUAUUCUGCUGGAGGUCGUAGCAGGACGGACAACAGGAGGUGACAUCUGUCAGCAGUUCACCAGAGAGAUGUUCGACAUGUACCAGGGGUUCGCCUGGUACAAGAACUGGGACUUUGAGGUUCUGAACUACACACCUGCUGAAUAUGGUGGUUUGCAUCAUGCAGCGGUGAGAAUAGCUGGUGAGAGUGUGUACAGACACCUGAAGCAUGAAGGAGGAACUCACCGGGUGCAGAGGAUCCCUGAGGUGGGCCUCUCCUCCAGGAUGCAGCGUAUCCACACGGGGACCAUGACAGUCAUCAUCCUUCCUCAGCCAGUGGAGUUUGAUGUCCACAUCGAUCCAAAGGAUCUUCGCAUCGAUACAUUCAGAUCUCGAGGUGCUGGAGGUCAAAGUGUGAACACAACAGACAGCGCAGUGCGCGUCGUUCAUCUUCCCACUGGUAUUAUAGCUGAGUGUCAGCAGACUCGCUCUCAGCUGCAGAACAGAGACAGAGCCAUGCGUAUGCUGAAGGCCCGCCUCUACCAGAGCAUGAUGGGUAAAGAGACAGAACAGAGGCACACAGCACGAAAACAGCAGGUGGGCUCACGCUCUCAGUCAGACAGGAUUCGUUCCUACAACUUCAGCCAGGAUCGUGUCACAGAUCACAGGACUGGAUAUGUUACAAGAGACAUUAAGGAGUUCAUGAAAGGAGGCGAAGCGCUCCAUGAUCUGAUCUGUGACGUCCUCAAACACUUAGAGACGGAGGCUCUGCUGGAGGUGGUGGAGAGCAGCAGCAGUCUGAAACCGACAGAGUCCGGACGAUCUGCAGACUGACGGCCACCACGACGUAGAGAACCGAACUUACCAUCUGUCAUGAGCUGGAUGGAGUUCUCGAUUGUGUCUUACAGCACUUUGACUACAGACCACAGCUGAAAUAUAUUAUUUUAAUGUUAAUAUUUAAACGUGCUUGUGCAAAAAUCAAAGGAUGGAAUGUAGCACAAAGUACUAAAAGAGGUUUUUUGUUUUUUAAUAAAAUGUUAAAUUAUGUAUUUUGUCUCAUGAAAAUUUAAGUAACAGCUGACUGUAAACAGACCGCAGUGUUGUUUGUCGCCAAGUGUCCUUCCUGGUUCU